UCAAAAAAUAAUUUUCAAAUAGAAAAAAAAAUAAAAAACUUAUGAUUUUAUGUACUAGGGUCAUAAUUAUAAUAUAAUUCUCUCAGCUCUAACCGGUACAAAUUAAAUUAAAUCCUCCCAAGUGUAGGAGUAAAUAAAAUAUAGAAGGAAAUAAUAUAUUUUCAUAACAGAAAUGAGAAUAAGAAGCUAGAUUUGGUAAAAGUAAAUCACCAAUCAUUUAGCUGUUAUUGUUUUAAAUCUUUAGAAUAAGACUUACAAAAAAAAUCUUUUACUCCCCAUCACAGCCAUAUUAACAAAACAAAACUUAAAAAUAAAAAAUAGUACUCUGAAUCAAUGGUUUUCUGCCGGUGUAUGAUUAGUGCAUUAUUACUGUUAUUCUUCCUUUCACUGCAUACUUUUCAUUACUUAUCAUCCUACAAAACAAUCAGUCUGUUUUCUUCUGUAAUAAUUCCUACAGAGAAGACACGAAUCCAUGUAGUACAAGAAGAUCCAUGUUCAGGGCGUUACAUAUACAUGCAUGAUCUUCCUACAAGAUUCAACCAUGACUUGGUAACAAAAUGCCAUGAACUUAGUGAAUGGUUCGAUUUCUGCCCGUACGUGAUAAACGAAGGUUUUGGCCCUGAACUCAACGAGAAAAGCUGGUAUGCUACUAACCAGUUUAUGUUAUCACUAAUAUUUCAUAACAGGAUGAAGAAUUAUGAGUGUUUAACAAGUAGUUCCUUGAUAGCAUCAGCAAUCUAUGCCCCAUUUUACCCUGGUUUAGAAAUAGGCCGGUUUCUUUGGGGCGGGUUUAACUCUUCUGUGAAGGAUGCAGCAGCCCUUGAUUUUGCUUCUUGGUUGAGGGAGAAGCCCGAAUGGGCCCGGAUGCUUGGUAAAGAUCACUUCUUUGUAGCUGGAAGAAUCAAUUGGGAUUUCAGGAGGCCAAGAAACACAAACUUUGGAUCAUGGGGAAGUAUACUCUUAAACUUGCCUGAAGUUAAAAAUAUGACAAUGUUAACCAUUGAAUCAAGCCCUUAUGGGAGCAAUGAUUUUGCAAUCCCGUAUCCGACCUAUUUCCAUCCCUCUGAUGAUAGAGAGGUGUUUGAGUGGCAGGAUCAAGUGAGGAAAUCGAGGAACAGAACAUACCUCUUUGCGUUUGGUGGGGCGCCACGCCCAAAUAUGACAGGUUCAGUCAGAGGAGAGUUGAUCAAUCAGUGUAUAAACAUGUCAAGAAAUCGUUGCAGGUUAAUUAAUUGUUAUCAUAAGGAUGAUUUAUGUAACAGUCCAAGGAAUCUUAUCAAGGUAUAUAUGCAGUCUGAUUUCUGCCUGCAACCUCCUGGAGAUUCAUAUACAAGAAGAUCAACUUUUGAUUCGAUUUUAGCAGGUUGUAUCCCUGUGUUUUUCCACCCUGGAUCAGCUUAUAUUCAAUACUUGUGGCAUUUUCCUAAGAAUUACACAAAGUAUUCUGUUUUUAUACCAAUUGAUGGGAUUAAAAAUGGGAGUGUUAAUGUUGGGGAGUUACUGUCAAAGAUUCCUGAAAGUUAUGUUUCUGUUUUGAGAGAAGAGGUAAUAAGUCUGAUUCCAAGAGUUAUUUACGCGCAAAAUAAGCUGGAAAGAUCUGAAGACGCGUUUGAUGUGGCUGUUAAAAGAGUUCUCGAGAGGAUCAAGGAUGCUAGGAUAAUUCAAGAGGGAAAUGAGGAGUCGAGCUGGAAGCAUCACUUCAAUGGAAAAGAUGGAAAGCCUGAAUGGGAUUCCUACUUCUGAAACAAAAAAGUGCAGGAAAUUUUGCAGAAGAGGUGACUAAUUUUUGAGAAAAACACUAAUGGAAGGUUUAGUUAGGUACAUUUUAAUUCCUGACUUCAUGAUUGUUUUUUAGUGCUUAGCUUUUUUAGAGUUGGAUUCUGAUAACUAAUCAUCAGAUUUAGGGAGGAUUUUAUAGCUAGACAAUUCGUCUUGAAUCAAUUGUAUGAUUAUCAGAAAAUAUGAUUUUAUUCAAGGUAACUUUGGU